GAGGCGGGGCGGGAAGGCUAGAGGUGUCCGAUCCUCUCCAGUGCCGCGGGAGACUGGAGCGGGCUCUGUGACAGCUCGUCGGCCGCCAUGUCAGCGAGCAGGGCUGGAAACAGACUCGGCGCCCGGCGGUAGCACUUGCGUUGCCUCGGAUGGCCAGGCAUGGAAGGACUUUGAUGAGACGUUAAACAUUUCCACAAAAAGAUGCGCUAAUGGAUGGCAGCGACCCUCCUACAUACAGUCUGCAGAUAGAGCCACAAGAUGGAUGUCAUCCAGGGGACAGCAUGGAAAGGAGAGUGACACGCUUGCCUUCUAUCUCAGAUGAAAAUGAAAAUCAGCUUGCCAGAGACGGGCCUGCAUGUCUGACCACCAGUGACGGCGCCAUGGGAAGAGCCACGGUGUCUGAACAGGACAGUCUCAACAAUAACGAAAGCUUCCCUUCUAGCUGUGAGGCAGCUCCUACAGAGAACUCAGAAAACACCCCAAGCGAAGGCCCCAAAGAUGACCCGCCUGCCUUGGAACAGGACAAAAAGCUACCUGGAAAAAGAAGUCCAAGGGCCAAAAAAGGCACUCCUACGAACACACCUCCAGGUGAUGCCUUACCUGUAAUGCAGACGCUGGAUGCAGCGUCACAGACUGCUGGUGAGGAGGAGCCUGCCAGCAUGAAAGUGAAUGACCCACCCAAGGCACCAGCAUUGCAGCCGCUCUUCUCAAUGAUCCGAGGCGAGGUGGAGCAGAUGGACUCUAGGGCACUCCCCCUCUUCCUUCACCAGGUAGCUGAGACUUAUUUUCAAGAAGAGGACUAUGAGAAAGCAAUGAAAUUCAUUCAGCUUGAACGACUGUAUCAUGAGCAAUUGCUUGCAAAUCUUUCUGCCAUUCAGGAACAGUGGGAAACAAAAUGGAAAGCUGUCCAGCCACGUACAGUGACGCCUCUGAGGAAUUCAGAAAAGGGGUUUAAUGGAGAAGAUUUUGAACAGCUUGCUAAAAUUUGCACAACUCAUCAAGACCCUCUCUUGUCCAAGCUUAAGAUAGCACCUGUGGAACACUCACCAGGAAGGAAAAGCUUUCCCAGGGCAGCAGUGUCUGAAGAGCCAAUGGAGAGCGGAGCAGCAGCCGAAGAGCCAGAGAUUGAAACCUGUCCCAGCAUGGAUCCGAGUGCAGGCCGGCUCGAGGCGGAGCCCCAGGAGAGCAGCCCCAGCUGCCAUCAGAUGGACUGGCAGGCAGCUUCCCCCGACCUUCCAGGAACUGCAGGGAAGGACCACUUGGAAGAGCCGCCCUGCAGCACCAAUGCCACACUGGAGCUCCACACCCAGUCCCCAGAGACCGCUGCAGGGAGCAGGUCAGGGCCAGCUGCUGCUGAGAAUGCCUGUGAGGACAGCAGCUGUGUGCAAGCACCUCCCUCAGAGGACCACCCCUGUGUGGCCAGAGAUUCUGAGGUGGCUCCUCCUAAUGAGUCAGUGGCAGAGCCGCAGCUCUUCCUUAGCGGAGGCAGCAUUGCACCGCCUGGGUUGAUUUCAGAGGGUAAAUACUCACAGACACACCGAAAAGAACUCUGCCUUUCACUGCAAGGCGCAUUUGAAGCGCUGCCCAGGGACCAGCCUCAGAACUGGGAGGCAGCUGAGCCACGACAGGCUGAUGUCACUGCCAGUGAUGGGAAAUCAGCACAGCGUCAGGCUGGCUUGGAGGCUGGUUCCGAGAGUACACAUUGUGGUGACAGGAAAGCCUCUGAUGUAAGCACACUGUGUCCUGAAGUGUGUAUGGCCCCAGAAGAAAGGCAGGAUAGGGAAGACCAAGUGAGUAAGGAAACGGAAGACUAUCUGAACAGCCUUUUGGAAGGAUGCUUAAAGGAUGCUGAAGAUUCCCUGUCCUAUGAGGAUAUCCAGGACGACGACUCUGACCUCCUCCAAGACCUCUCUCCUGAAGAAGCAUCCUACAGUCUCCAGGAGAAUCUGCCUCCUGAGGAAAGCUCACUCUCCCUUGAUGAUCUGGCCAAGAAAAUAGAGAUCGCAGAGGUCGUUCCUGCAGAAGGGCUGGUAUCCAUCCUGAAGAAGCGGAGUGACACAGUAGACGACCAUACUGCCCAAAUGCAGCAGAAGCCGGCUAAGCGCAGAGUGCGAUUCCAGGAAAUAGAUGAUAACCUGGAUCAAGAUGAGGUUGGUGGUGGUUCCUGUGUCUUGCUGGUCUUGCUGUGCAUAGCCACCGUCUUCCUCAGUGUGGGAGGGACUGCGCUCUACUGCACCCUGGGUGACAUGGAGUCACCUGUUUGCACGGACUUUGCUGACAACGUGGACUUCUAUUACACUAAGCUGCUGCAGGGGGUGGCAGGGCUGAAACACUGGGUCUACCUCUCCUAGCAGCAAACGUGGCAGGUGUGACAGAUGUGCUGACAAGACAAAGAAGAUGCAAAUUUCCCAAACAGCUUUUAUUUCAGAAGUCAUGAAACAUUCCCCUCCCUGGCAACAAGGACCCAAGGAUGGACGUUAGAAACAGCACAUUAAACAGCAGCUCAGAGAACACUGUUAGAACAGUCCCCAACAGAAGGUGGUGCUGACACAGGCGCUGAGGACAGGGAGGGAGCUGUGGUGAGCACGCCCCUCUCCUUGCUGCUUCCCCUGUCAAGUGGGGCUCACGCUGAGGACACUCCUGGUUUACAAUCUUGCUCCACAGGCAGUGCUUCCCGCCAUCAUGCCAUAAGUUUCUUAGUCAUCAGAGAAUGGCUUCAGCGCCAUUUUUUAGUUAGUCUUGGGAGCUGUGUAAUUUAAGCCUUGGGCAUUACUCUAGAUCUGGUGAUCCAUUUGUGAAAUGGUUGUGUGGGUGUGUGUGGGUCGGAAGCAGUGAUCACAAGAGGAUAGCCAGCAUAGAAUACAAAGAUUACCUUUAUUCUUUUAACUUGACGACAAUGUGCAGGCACAAAUCUUUGGAGAAGGCUUACCUGUGAACUAGAUAAACUGUAGACAUGUUGGCCCUAAACUGAGGAACUGACAGGCCUGUAGCAAUGAACUUGACAGGCCUGAAGGCACAGUGACAGAACUCCCAGGUCCCAGGUGAGAUUUCACCCUGGCUUCUGAACUGCCUCAAGUGUUGAGUGCUGGCCUCCACAGCUCAAGAGAAACUUCCUGAACAUGUGUUAUGUUCUGAGAACCUCAGGAUAGGAACCCAAGGAAGCCAUAGUUCCGACUGUGCAGGUAUCUAUGGAAGGUAAACCCACACUCUAAUGAGUGAAACAGACUACCACAUGUAUGAGUAAUCUCAGGCCAUCCACUUAGGUGUGUGGAAUGUGUGUUUCUAUCGUGGGCUCAUUUUAGACCACUUCAUGUGGUUCACAAAGCAGAAAUCCAGUCAUACCUUAAAGAGACAAAUGUCUAGUUUUGUUUAAUUCUGUCAUCAGGUGGCCAUUCCUUACUUGCGGUACAGUGGUCUAGCGUUUAGGAAGCCUUGCUUUGACUUUUUAUAUUCUAGGCAACACCUUUUUUAAAAAAUCAUGAAUUAUAGUUUUUUAGCAAGUGAUCAUUGUGUGUUUUUUUUUUCCUGUUAGGAUCAUUUGGAAGGAAAAGAGAGAAAUUGCUUGGUAGAUGUUACUGGCUGGCACAGUACCUUCCUUUGCGUUUCUGCUUAUUUAUUUGGAGUGUGAGCUGCAGGGGCUUUGUUUAUGCGUUGACCAUGUGCUGCAGAGCAUGUGUUCCCUCAUCCCACCACUGCCUAUGUAAUUAGAUGCUUAGUGGUUUCUUUUACACCAUUUCAGCUCCAUGUGUUUUUAGGCUUACUUUGAAAUUGAAUUUUUAUUUUUACUUAUAAUACUGUGUGGCUUAUCUCUUAUUAUGUCACCAUGAACUGUAAUAUUUUCUAUGGUUAUAGAUCAGAGUUAUUUAUUUAGAAGUAUACAGAAUACUGAAAUUUAGAUUCCUUAUACCUAAGGCUGAUUUUAUUAGAAGAUUAUUUUAAUGUUCUAUUAUAAAUUUUAAGACUUUGUAUUCAUAUCAUAUGUAAAAUAGGGCCCGUUGUCCUGGUACUGUGGUUCUACAGAAGCCACUAGCAAGGUCACCUGUGCAGGCUCCUCUUGAUACAGAAACAUGCUUCACCCUCGUGAUUUCUAGUUGCAGGGAUUUGAUGAUUGUUUCUGCCAAUUUUAUGUCAAGACAAGUUCAAAUUUCCCUCCUGUUUACCUGCUUUCAGUCACUCAGAGUCCCGUGUGAUCUAUGAUGUUGAAUUUGUUUCUCAGCUACCUUGGCCACAUUGCUAAAACCCUGGGGAGAACCCAGUAAAGAAAAGGGCUGAAAUGAUGCCAUGCUAACCAGUGACCCAGCUGUGUAUCUGAGGAGCCGGUGCUCACCACUUGAGGAAUCAGUGUGAUCAGGAGCAGACUGACCUCCUGACCCAAAGUGGGUGUGAACUCUCACCUAGAAAAACUAGGGUACCUUUGAAAACUGUAAUUGUCACGUAUUGCAUGAAUUGGAGUAGCCCCUGCAGGUGAGAGGAUGCUAUCCCAAGCAUUGGACAACUGUACUGAAGUGUCACUCCUCUCAUUUGAAAGUACAGACAACUAUUUAUAACUAGACUUCUGAAGAACUGUAUUUGAGGGUGUCAAAUCAAGCUUGUAAUUUAAAAUCUACACCAACAAAAUGUCUCAGAGAAUUUAUUUGAACCCUUGGGUGUGAGGGAAAUGCUUAAGCAAAAUAUAAUGUCAGAGGUGGUCCAGUCCCUCAAGGAGAUGCCAUCUAUUUGGGGAAAGUUUUUUUUUUUUUUUUUUUUUAUUACAUGUACAUAUUUUGAGGGGAGACCACAGUUGUGCCACAGUGUACGUGUGAGGUCAGAAGGACACUUAAUAGCAUCGCUCUCUCCUUCCACCAUUAGGGUCCAGAGGCCCAAACUCAGGUCAUGCGCUUGAUAGCAAGUGCUUUUUCACAGUGAGCCAUCUUAUCAGCUCUACUUUGAGGACAUCUUAAAAUCCCUAAGUAACAGUUCUAAAAUACCUCUCGUAUCUGCCUGCCUAGUAACCAGGCUCCACUCUUAAGUCCUGUAUCCUUUUAGACUUGAAUAUCAAGUCCAAAGUCCUAUUUUAUCAAGCUGUGAAUUUGGGUGUGAGAGGUGCAGAGGAGCUGAAGUUUGAAGUCAGCCUUAUUUUGCAAGGACAGAUGUGGUCUGAGUCUCCUGAAUGGCAGGACAACAUUGCCUAAGGGAAACAGUGAGGAAGAACUGGGAGGGGUUUGGGGAAAUGGAAAGCAAAGAAGCCUUUGGCGAUGACCUCUUUUCCUGACACUGGCCUUUGUGGCAUUCGCUCCCCAUACAUAGGCAGAUUAUUUUUCAUUAUUAGCAUAUGUUAAUCAUACAUAAUGGGUUUCAUUAUGACAUUUGCAUACCAGUAGGUAAUGCGUUUUGAGCAUCUUCAUUCCCUGGUACAUUCUUGUUCCCCUCUGUCCCUGCUGAUCCCCUUCAAGAGGCUGGAUUCUCAUCCUACUGCUACAGGCAGACCUGUGUAACCUCUCAUUUCUUUGGGCACAGUUGAUCUUGUGUGGUGUUUGUAGUAUUUUAACAUUAAUUCAUUCUGUACCUAAAUAAGCACACGUCUCUCAGCCACAAGUUUACUGAUGUUCAGAUACACCAUGCUUCUGUUUCCCUCACAUGACCUGUACCUCAGAGACUGUAAGAGAGACUCUGGGGCUUAUGGACUUUAAUAACAACUUAGUAAGCUGGGCAUUGCUUUGUGUCUGGUGCUAAGAGGCUUGUGUUUGCUACCUUCUGUACCCUCACACACCACAGACUGCCUGCUGUGUAAGCACAGUGAGCAUGCUGGGCCCCCCACUCAGCUUAAAGAGCUUGCCUCUGAUAAGGGAAUGUAUUUGUAAAGAAGGAACCAAAAAGAAACUGGGUAACAAUGUGCUACCUAGAGGAUUGGAAAUUCAAGUUUAUUCUUUCCUGUCAUGGGUUCUGUAGGAAUAAAAGAAAUCACAGCAACUGAUAGGAAAGUCAACAGCGAUCUUUCCUGCAGGAGGAAGGUCUAGUGGUUGCCAUGUAGCUAGUACUGCCUCACACCGCUGUGAGGACGGCUCAGUUGGUAGCAGGCAGGUUUCUAGCAGUGGGAAUCAUCUCAGCCAAAGCUUGCUGUUCAAGACUGCAGAGUUGGGGCUGGCAUAGCUCAGUAGAGUGUUUGCCUCUUGUGCACAAGAUGCUGGACUCAAUACUCGGUGUCAAAUAAAUAUAGUCUUAAUUGCCCUGAAUUGAAAACCACCUCACAAGGAAAAUUAGUGGCAGAGAGUGUUGCCAGUCAUUAUAGCAGUCUUUUAAGAAAGAAGUACUCGUCCCACAAAAUGCUCCUUCUUAAAAAAUAAAGUACUGCUGGCCCAUUUUAUGAGACCAGUAACAAAACAAGAUAAAGACAUUAAGAAAACCAAGAAGCAAAAGACACUAUUGCUAGUGAACUUAGACACCAAAUUUUUUAUUGGAUAUUUUAUUUACAUUUC